AUGGCCCCUCCUAAUCCCGAACUUUUCUUUGGGCCUAUGCUUAUAGGCGUUUUCUUAAACACUAUAUUGUACGGAGUACUUGUAGUCCAGACUUUUAAUUACUUCCAAACUUACAAAACGACCGACAAACCGUUGAUCCGGUAUCUGGUGAUAUACCUCCUCGUUCUGGAAACGUUUAACACUGGAUGUGUGAUGGAGAUGAUGUACGAUAUCCUUGUAAAACCACUGGGUAUGUUUCUCUUCCUGUUCCAACCCGUCAAUUCUUUGAUUUUGACGGUGCUCUGCCGCCAUCGCCUGCGAGCCCCUCCGUUCUCUGCUAAAGUGCCAUCUUGGGAUCAGGUAUUUAUAUCGACGCCUGUUCAAUUAUUCAUGGCGCGGCGUAUUUGUGUCCUUAGCGAGUCGGUGAUCGUCCCGAUAAUCAUCUCGGUCCUGUCUUUUGUGUCUCUCGGGGGCGGCACUGCCCUAUCCAUCUUGGUCACCGUCAUCCCUGAUUUCUCGCGCUUCAACGAGUUCUACCCCGCGGUCAGCACGUGGCUCGGCGCGUCGGCUCUUGCGGACCUGCUCAUCACGGGGUGUCUCUUGUUCACUCUGCAACGCAAGCGCACGGGGAUGCGCGCUACGGACGGCAUCAUCAACAAGAUCAUGCUCCUCACCAUCCAGACGGGGUUGAUAACAACAGUCUUCGCAAUCGCGGAUCUCGUGCUUGCGUUCAACUUCAUCCCCGACUUCGCCUUGAGCAAGCUGUACACUAACACGCUCUUGGCCUCGCUGAAUGCGCGCACGGACUACGGCGCCAUCCUGAGCAGCCCCGAUAAUCUCCUUUUCAGAAGCAAUGCCGACACCAGGAAAAGUCGAGUAGUGUCGAUUCCCAUCCAGUUUGUGAGUUGA